CUAAAGUUGUAUGACAAUUGCCAUUAAAAUCCAGAAGAAGAAGGAAGAAGCUCAAAAGAAGAUGAAGGAAGAAAAAAAUAAGAUUACAGUAAUCUUUAUGGAGAAGAAAUGAACGGCGCUUCUAAAAUGAGUUUCCAUGACACCAGAGAGGAGGGUGAUGUUGUUCACUCCCAGAGAUCAGGAUCUCCAGAGCCCAGCUGUGUGUCUAUGAAGAGUGAUGGAGCAGUAGCCUCUGAUCCUGUAGAUGAUCGGACUAGAGACCUGCAGCCUGAUUCUCACCAACCAGUAGAUGAUGAACUACAGAGAGUCAAAGACCAACACAAAACCAGCAUGAAAAAUAAGUAUGAGAGCUUAUUUAAGAGCCUCAAUCUACAAGAGAAUCAAACCUUCCUGAAAAGGAUCUAUACACAGCCUUACAUCAUAGAGGAUGAGAGUGAAGGAGUGAAUGAAGAACAUGAGGUUUUACACAUGGAGAGAACAGCCAGAACACAACACUCACAAGACAAUGCAAUCUACUGCAAUGACAUCUUCAAAGCUUCACUUGAACCAGGAUGUGAGGAGAAAGACAAAAUCAAGGCUGUUCUUACUAAAGGCAUUGCUGGAAUUGGAAAAACCGUCUCUGUUGCGAAGUUCGUUCUGGACUGGGCUGAGGGAAAAGCCAAUCAGGAUGUAGAUUUCAUGUUUGUUCUUCCAUUUCGAGAGCUGAACUUGAUUGGAGAUCAUCAGUACAGUCUUGACAGACUUCUGUUGGACUUUCAUCCUGAACUUAAAGAUCUGGACUCAAAGAUUUAUGAGGAGUGUAAAGUUGUGUUCAUCUUUGAUGGUCUGGAUGAAAGCAGAAUUACACUAAUGUUUUCAGACAGUGAGAUUUUUUCCGAUGUGAUUGAGACUUCAUCAGUGGGUGUGUUGAUAUCAAACCUCAUGAAAGGAGAGCUGCUUCCCUCUGCUCUCAUCUGGAUCACAUCCAGACCAGCAGCAGCCAAUCAGAUCCCUUCCAAAUACAUCAACCGUGUGACAGAAAUUCAGGGAUUCGAUGAGCCUCAGAAGGAGGAAUAUUUCAGGAAGAGAAUCAGUGAUGAGCAUCAAGCCAACAAAAUCAUCUCACACAUCAGAAGAGCAAGAAGCCUCCACAUCAUGUGCAACAUACCUGUCUUCUGCUGGAUCUCGUCUACUGUGUUUCAAAACAUCCUGAAACAAGAUGACAGUACAGUAAUCCCUCAAACUCUGACUGAAAUGUACAUCCAGUUCCUGCGGAUUCAGAUCAACAUGAAGAAUCAGAAGUAUGAAGAGAGAGAUCCAGAAAAACUCCUGCAGUCCAACAGAAAAAUGAUUGUAAAACUUGGUGAACUGGCUUUCAAACAGCUGAUGAAGGGCAAUGUGAUGUUCUAUGAGGAGGACCUGAGAGAGAGUGGCAUAGAUGUCACUGACACCUCAGUGUAUUCUGGGAUUUGCACUGAGAUGUUUAAGGAGGAAUCUGUGAUUCAUCAGAAGAAAGUCUACAGCUUCAUACAUCUAAGCUUUCAGGAGUUUCUAGCCGCUUUCUAUGUGUUUUACUCCCAUCUAAUGAAAAACAUGGAACCAUUGCAUUGCUUUCUGGAUGAUAAACAUAAGAGGUACAGAUCUAAGAAAAUAUCGCUGUAUGAACUACUGAUAUUAGCAGUUAAUAAAUCCCUUUGGAGUAAAACUGGACACCUGGAUCUGUUCCUGCGGUUCCUUCUGGGUGUCUCAUUGGAGUCCAAUCAGAGAAUCUUACAGGAUCUACUGGCAAACACAGAGUACAGCUCCAAGACCAUCAAGGGAUUCACACGGCACAUUGAAAAUAGAAUCAAGGACUAUUUCUGUGUUUCAGCAGACAAAUCCAUUAAUCUGUUCCUCUGUUUGCUGGAAAUGAAUGAUCAGACUCUGUCCAGAGAGAUUCAGGAGUUUGUGAAAUCAGAUAAAGAGGUGUAUCUCUCUCCUUCAUUUUGCUCAGCAGUAGCUCACAUGAUUCAGAUGUCAGAGGAGGUGCUGGAUGAGUUUGAUCACAUGAAAUAUAACACACCAGACGAUGGUAGAUGGAGAAUGAUACCAGCUGUGAUAAACUGCAGAAAAGCUCUACUUGCUGGAUGUCAUCUCUCUGAUCAGCAUUGUGCAAUUUUGUCUUCAGUUCUACAAUCAUCUAACUCCCAUCUUAGAGAGCUCAACCUGAGUUUCAAUUAUCUACAGGAUUCAGGAGUGAAGCUGCUCUCUGUUGGACUGAAGAGUUCACUCUGUCAACUGAACAUACUGAGACUUGCUGGAUGUGGUCUGUCUAAUCAUAGCUGUGAAAAUUUGUCUUCAGCUCUUCAAUCAAACUCCCAUCUCAGAGAGCUGGACCUGAGCUACAAUGGCCUACAGGAUUCAGGUGUGAAGUUGCUCUUUGUUGGACUGAAGAGUUCGCACUGUGAACUGAACACACUAAGAUUGGUCUUCUGUAAUCUCACUGGUCAGUGCUGUGAAAGUUUGUCUUCAGCCCUACAAUCUUCAAAUUCCUGCUUGAGAGAGCUGGACCUGAGUAACAAUGACCUGCAGAAUUCAGGAGUAAAGCUACUUUCUGUGGGACUGAAGAGUUCACAUUGUCAACUGAACGUACUGAGAUUGUCUGGCUGCAUGGUGACAGAGGAAGGCUGUCGUUAUCUGUCUUCAGCUCUGAGUUCAAACCCCUCACACCUGAGAGAGCUGGAUCUGAGCUACAAUCACCCAGGAGAAUCAGGAGUCAAGCUGCUCUCUGAUACACUGAACCUUCCAAACUGCACACUGGACAAACUCAAUGUGGAUCAUGGAGGAGAGUUCAGGAUUACCACAGGACCACACAAAUAUGCCUGUGAUCUCACACUGGAUCCAAACACAGCAAACAAUAAUCUCAUUCUCUCUGAAGAAUACAGAAAGGUGACAUAUGUGGAAGAGUAUCAGUCAUAUCCUGAUCAUCCAGAGAGAUUUGAUAAGCGUCCCCAUGUUCUGUGUAGAGAGAGUCUGUCUGGACGCUGUUACUGGGAGGCUGAAUGGAGUGGAUGUGCUGAUAUAUCAGUGGCAUAUAAAGGAAUCGGCAGGAAAGGGAAGUGUGAAGACACUGUGUAUGGAUUCAAUAAAAACUCUUGGUGUCUAGUCUGUCGUGAUGACACAUUCGAUGUCUGGCACAGUCAUAAGUGCACUAACACACGUGUCCCUUCAAGCAUCUAUAAGAGAGCUGGAGUGUAUUUGGACGUGUCAGCUGGCACUCUGUCCUUCUACAGUGUUUCUGACACACACACACUCACACACAUACACACAUACACAUCCUCAUUCACUGAGCCUGUCUAUGCUGGAUUUGGGUUCAUGGUUCAUCCUUACAACUCCUCAGUGUCUGUGUGUCAGAUUGAAAAGCCUGUGAGCAACAACACAGAUGCCACAUGCCCACCUGAAUGAAAUAAAUAUUCUCACUUUAUAUCUUUAACAUACAAAUUCAAACACACUAAUUUAUAUAUGCAGGCUUGUUUAUCUUUGCACAAAAGCUGAUUUAUCUUCCAAAUAAUGUUUCUUGGACAAUUGAACAAGGAAUCAGUAGUUAUCAAUGUCCAUAUAUUUAGAAAAAACAGCAUUACAGGGGUAUAUUUUGUGUAGAACUAGAAAGUGCACUUCUUUCACUUUGUAUUUUCUGUGCUUCUGUAUUUCCAACAGAGUUAAUCAAGCUUUUUUUCCAAUCAGUGUCAGAAAUUUGAGCAUUCCAAGAGAACUUCGCUCUAUAGGAGAAAUAUUGUUUCCUUUGGAAAAUUUGUCUGAUACAUUUACUGUUAUAAAAGGAACAAUUAAUUAGACUGCAUCAACUGUCAAUAUAUAUAUAUAUGUAUAUAUAUAUAUAUAUAUAUAUAUAUAUAUAUAUAUAUAUUAGUGGUGGGCAUAGAUUAAUUUUUUUAAUCUAGAUUAAUCUCACUGUAAUCUUGGAAUUAAUCUAGAUUAAAAUGGCUCAUUUGAAUUCCGCUGAAGGCAUUCAGAAUAUGUGUGCUACCCAACUAAUGACUAAAAGUAAGUCUUUGAGAACGGGUUUCUCAAGCCAGGUGGUGCAUUAGACCAGGGGCUCAUCUCCUGUUUCCAAAAUGCAUCACAAACUGCUUGAGAAAGCUGUUCUACUAUGAUAAUUGGUGAUGAAAAUAAAUUAUGUUCAAUAAGA